UGGUGGGCCCCAGUGCUCAGGCUAGGAAGCUGGGCAGAGCCAUGGGUGGCGGCUGUGUGGUGGCCUGACCCACACCGAGGGGUGGCCCAGUAUCCAGAGGGGAAGACAGAGGGUGCAGUUUAGCACUUGGAGGGUGCAGGCAGGUUCCAGGAGCGGCCAGCUGGGGAGGUUUUGGGCAACUUCCUCUGCUCCCGCCGGGAGGGGCUGGGCCUGGGUGGGUGUGCGCUAACGGUUGAGGCCCCAGGGUAUAAGGGCGCCCUGUCCCCAGCCACCCUCAGCAGCCCCGUCAUGACAGCACUCAGACUCCUGGCUGUGCUGGCCAGCCUGCUAGCAACCUCCAGGGCUGGCUCGGCCCCUCUGGUGGACAUAGUGGGCGGCAGGAAGGCCCGGCCGCAGGAGCUCCCGUUCCUGGCUUCCAUCCAGAACCAAGGGAGGCACUUCUGUGGGGGCGCUCUGAUCCACCCCAAGUUUGUCCUGACAGCAGCCAGCUGCUUCCAGAGCCGGAACACUGGGAUUGCCACCGUGGUGCUGGGUGCCUAUGACCUGAGGCGUCGGGAGCGGGCCCGGCAGACUUUCUUCAUCAGGAGCGUCAGUGAGAAUGGCUAUGACCCCCAGCAGAAACUGAACGAUGUGCUGCUGCUGCAGCUGGACCGUCAGGCCAACCUCAACAGCGGCGUGGCACUGGUACCACUGCCAGAGCAGAACGCCACGGUGGAAGCCGGCACCAGGUGCCAGGUUGCAGGCUGGGGCGCCCAACGGCAUAGAGGGCGUCUCUCCCGAGUUCCAAGGGUCCUCAAUGUUACCGUGACACCUGCAAACCAGUGUCGCCCCAACAACGUGUGCACUGGUGUCCUCACCCGACGGGGUGGCAUCUGCCAGGGGGACGGCGGCACCCCUCUCGUCUGCAACGGCCUGGCACAUGGCGUGGCCUCCUGGUCCCGGGGGCCCUGCGGUAGGGGAACCGACUUCUUCGCGCGUGUGGCCCUCUUCAGGAACUGGAUUGACUCAGUUAUAAACCAGCCGGCCUGACGGACCCUGCCCAGCCUGCAGGGGGCGCUGCGCAGCCAGAGCUCAGCCCCCACCUGCACUCAGCCUGUCCAUCCCGAGGCCCCACCCCGGGCCCCUGCGGUUGUGACUCUAAUAAAGGAUCUGUCCCCUUUCUG